AUGGCGCCGGCGGAAAGGGAGAGAGAAAAGGGUACGUUAGGGCGGCGGAAAGGGGCGUACGUGACGUUCCUCGGCGGAGACGGGGACUACGUGAAGGGGGUGGUGGGGCUGGCAAAGGGUCUGCGGAAAGUGGGAUCCGCGUACCCCUUGGUGGUGGCGGCGCUGCCCGACGUGCCGGAGCGCCACCGCCGCCUCCUCCGCUCUCAGGGAUGCCUCCUCCGCGAGAUCGAGCCCCUCCAUCCCCCGGAAAACCGUACCCACUUCGCCAUGCCCCACUAUGUGAUCAACUACUCCAAGCUCCGAAUCUGGCAGGUAAUCUCACCUUCCCCAUGGAGUCACCGAAUCAACAGAUUCUUGGUCAACCAAAGGUUUUUAUGUGUAUGUGUCUUGGUGGCGCAGUUUGUGGAGUACAGGAAGAUCGUGUACCUGGACGCGGACAUCCAGGUGUUCGAGAGCAUUGACCAUCUGUUUGACCUUCCGAACGGGCACUUCUACGCGGUCAAGGACUGCUUCUGCGAGAGGACGUGGAGCCACACGCGGCAGUACGAGAUUGGCUACUGCCAGCAGUGCCCGGAGAGGGCGCCGUGGCCGGAGGCGGCGCUCGGCCCGCCGCCGCCAGCGUACUUCAACGCCGGCAUGUUCGUCCACGAGCCCAGCCUGGAGACCUGCGACCGCCUCCUCGCCGCCGUGCUGGCGGCGCCGCCCACGCCCUUCGCCGAGCAGGACUUCCUCAACGCCUUCUUCCGCGACGCCUUCCGGCCGCUCCCGCCGAAUUACAACCUCGUCUUCGCCAUGCUGUGGCGCCACCCGGAGAUGGUCGCCGCCGGCGAGGCCAAGGUGGUCCACUACUGCGCAGCGGUGAGUAGAAGAACAAGAGGUUCGCCGCCGUGUUCCCCGGCGGUGCCGCCGGUCGGAGGUGAUUUUUGAGUUGUCUUCCUGCGGGUGGUCGCAGGGGUCGAAGCCGUGGAGGUACACGGGGAAGGAGGAGAACAUGGACAGAGAGGACGUCAAAGUGCUGGUGCGGCGGUGGUGGGACGUCUACGCCGACGAGAGCCUCGACUACAACGUCCACUCUGCGGCGGCGGCAGCGGAUGAGCGGCUCCGGCAGCCCUUGCUGGCGGCGCCGUCGGAAGCAGGGGCGGUGCACUGCAUCGCCGCCCCUUCGGCGGCGUAG